AUGGCGCCCAAUUCGUCCCAGCAAUCGGCUCCUUCGCCGUCUCUCAAGCGAAAACAAGCAAGCAUAUCCAGCUUCUUCACCCAGAAACCAGCAUCGACUACGCCCAAGGACUCCGGAGCCACGUCAGCCAAGACACCCCAAAAGCGACAAGCGUCAACAAUCGCGAAGGCUAGCGAGUCGGAGGAGAAAACCAUACCAGCUGGAGAUGAAGAUGACGAGGACGAAGACAUUGUGGCCCCAGCGCCAAAGCGGGCGAAGACGACCGGCGCAGACGCAGAAGAACCCAUUCGAGUUGCGACGAGCAUGCACGCCGAACCCCCAUCCCAGACGAGCAGCCAACGAACCAACAUCUUCAAAUUCCAAAGCUCCCCCGCGAAUCCCCCAGACACCACAAAAAACGAGGACCCCGAGGAAGAGACCCGAAGGAAAGAGAAGGAAAAGCUACACAAGCAAUUCGUCCAGAAGCUCGGCGGAAUAGAUUGCCAGAUUGGAAUUGGAAGAAAUGCAGUCAACGAUGUCGCCAGUGCAGAAGCCGAGGCAGCAGAGGCCGAAGAGGACGACGAGCCUCCACCUCCCCCGACCAAAGGAAAGGGCGCCAAGAAGACCGCAAGCAAGCUCACGCCUAUGGAAAAGCAGGUCAUUGAAAUCAAGCGCCAGAAUCCGAACACAGUGCUAGUGAUCGAGGUUGGAUACAAGUUCCGAUUCUUCGGAGAGGAUGCGCGCAUCGCAGCCAAGGAACUAGGCAUUGUUUGCAUACCGGGCAAGUUUAGAUUCGACGAACAUCCAUCAGAAGCACAUAUUGGCCGAUUCGCUUCCGCUAGUAUCCCAGUGCACCGAUUGCAUGUACACGUGAAGCGACUCGUCACGGCCGGCCACAAGGUUGGCGUGGUGCGUCAGAUUGAGACAGCUGCUCUCAAAGCCGCAGGCGAUAACCGUAACGCGCCUUUUGUGCGCAAGUUGACCAACGUUUACACCAAAGGAACCUAUAUCGACGACACCGAAGGUCUGGAGGGUCCUGCGCCAGCGGCUGGAGGUGCCUCUCCUGCGACUGGGUACAUGCUUUGCAUGACCGAAUCUAGUGCUAAAGGCCACGGAAACGACGAGCGAGUGAAUGUUGGAAUUGUUGCUGUACAGCCAGCCACGGGUGACGUGAUCUACGAUGAAUUCGAAGAUGGCUUCAUGCGCAGCGAAAUCGAGACGCGGUUAUUACACAUUGCGCCGUGUGAGAUAUUGAUUGUUGGGGAAAUGUCCCGUGCAAGCGAAAAGCUCGUGCAACACCUAUCCGGAAGCAAAAUGAAUGUCUUCGGGGAUGCUGUGCGUCUUGAGCGAGCCCAGAAGCAGAAAACGUCUGCUGCAGAGGCACAUAGCCACGUGUCCGGCUUUUAUGCCGGUAAGAUGAAGUCCACCAGCACAGCAGAGGAUGCCCAAGCCGCUAAACUGCUUGAAAACGUUCUUGGUCUACCUGAGCAAGUGACUAUCUGUCUCUCUGCUAUGAUCGAACAUAUGACCGAGUAUGGAUUGGAACAUGUCUUCGACCUCACGAAAUACUUCCAGCCCUUCUCGGCUCGCUCGCAUAUGAUGUUGAAUGGAAACACGUUAGUCAGUCUGGAGAUUUAUCAGAACCAAACAGACCAUUCAGCGAAAGGCAGCUUGUUCUGGACUUUAGAUCGAACCAAAACCCGAUUCGGACAGCGUAUGCUGAGACAGUGGGUUGGGCGACCUUUGCUGGACAAGGUGCGCCUUGAAGAGAGAACGAGCGCAGUGGAGGAGCUGAUCGAUCCUGCCCGAGCAGGCUCAGUGGAAAGGAUCCAAGGUCUGCUAGGCAAAGUCAAGAGUGACCUGGAAAAGAACCUGAUCCGCAUUUAUUACGGGAAGUGUACACGGCCUGAACUGCUCACUGUUCUGCAAGCCAUGCAGAUGAUUGCAAUGGAAUUUUCUGAUAUUAAGUCACCGGCACAAACUGGCUUUUCAUCAUCGCUGAUCAGCGAGUCUAUUGCCUCUUUACCAACCAUCCGGAAGGAUAUCGUCAUGUAUCUUGAUAAAAUCAACAUGCAUGCUGCUCGCACUAAUGACAAGUACACUUUCUUCCGCGAGGCAGAGGAAACAGAGGAGAUUGGCGACAACAAGCUGCAGAUCGGAAGCAUUGAGCACAGUCUAUCUGAACACCUCAAAGACGCGGCUUCCACCAUUGGAAGAGGCAAGAUCGAAUAUUCGACAGUAUCUGGCAUCGAGUAUCUGAUCGAGAUCGAGAACAACUCACCAGCAUUGAAACGUGUCCCAGCAUCGUGGAUCAAGGUCAGCGGCACAAAGAGAGUCUCUCGUUUCCACACACCAGAAGUCAUCCAAUUCGUCCGCGAGCGUGACCAACACAAAGAGGCACUUGCAGCAGCCUGCGACCAAGCAUUCGCGGCUCUCCUAGCAGAUAUUGCGGCACAGUACCAGGCCCUUCGAGACUGCGUACAAUCCCUCGCAACACUGGACUGUCUCUUGUCUCUGGCGGAAAUCGCCCAACAACCCGGCUAUGUCAAGCCCAUCUUCACAGAGCAGGCAGGUCUCCACAUCGAACAAGGCCGUCACCCCAUGGUCGAACAACUUUUGACCGACGCCUACGUUCCAAAUGACACAAAGCUACAACAUGACGAGACACGGGCCCUCCUCGUAACAGGCCCAAACAUGGGUGGCAAGUCCAGCUACGUACGCCAAGUAGCGUUAAUAGCAAUCAUGGGCCAAAUCGGGUCCUAUGUCCCGGCCGAAUCAGCCCGACUGGGCCUCCUAGACGCCGUGUUCACGCGCAUGGGCGCCUUCGAUAACAUGCUCGCCGGUGAAUCCACAUUCAUGGUCGAACUCUCCGAAACAGCCGAUAUCCUCAAGCAAGCCACGCCGCGCUCAUUGGUCAUCCUAGACGAAUUAGGCCGUGGCACAUCGACGCAUGAUGGCGUGGCUAUUGCGCAGGCCGUGCUCGAUUACAUGGUCCGAACCAUCGGAUCCCUCACCCUCUUCAUCACUCACUACCAACAUCUUUCGCGAAUGGUCCACUCAUUCCCAGACCAUGCUCUCCGGAACGUUCACAUGCGUUUCACAGAGACAGGCACCAAGGACAAGGAAGGGGAAGAGGAAAUCGCCUUCCUGUACGAGGUUACCGAGGGCGUCGCGCAUCGCAGUUACGGGCUGAACGUUGCGCGUUUGGCGAAUCUGCCUUCAGGUUUGCUGGAUGUGGCUCGACAGAAGAGUGCUGAACUGGAAGAGUCGAUUCGUCGCAAACGGUUGGCUGGCCUUGUAGGUGCUGUUGGUCACGUUCUGGAGGGCUCUGGUCAGCCUGGAGAUGAGCUCUUUGAUAGGCUUGUGGCCAGCGCUGAGCAGCUAUAG